AUGGCGUCCGCAAACGCUCUCUCUUCCACUUCCGUCCUCUGCUCUUCACGACAGGGAAGGCUGAGUGGUGGGAAUCAGCAAAAGGGUCAAAGAGUAAGCUACAGGAGACGUUUUACUGUUAGAGCUAAUGUAAAGCAGAUUGCUUUCGACCAGAACUCAAGAGCUGCUCUCCAAGCUGGUAUCGACAAGCUUGCUGAUGCUGUUGGUCUCACUCUUGGCCCUAGAGGGAGAAAUGUGGUGUUGGAUGAAUUUGGAAGUCCCAAGGUGGUGAAUGAUGGAGUCACCAUUGCUAGGGCUAUUGAGCUACCUGAUGCCAUGGAGAAUGCUGGUGCUGCUCUCAUCCGUGAGGUUGCUAGUAAGACUAAUGACUCUGCUGGUGAUGGCACAACCACUGCCUCUGUCCUUGCUCGGGAAAUCAUCAAACACGGAUUGUUGAGUGUCACUUCUGGUGCCAAUCCUGUGUCCCUCAAGAGGGGAAUCGAUAAGACUGUUCAAGCUUUGAUCGAAGAGCUUGAGAAGAAAGCUAGACCUGUCAAAGGUGGCAGUGACAUCAAAGCUGUGGCUACAAUCUCUGCUGGAAAUGAUGAGCUUGUGGGAGCAAUGAUUGCUGAUGCCAUUGACAAAGUUGGACCUGAUGGUGUUCUGUCUAUUGAAUCUUCAUCCUCUUUUGAGACCACUGUCGAAGUUGAAGAAGGAAUGGAGAUUGACAGAGGUUACAUCUCACCUCAGUUUGUUACAAACCCUGAGAAGCUACUAGUUGAGUUUGAGAAUGCAAGAGUGUUGAUCACUGAUCAGAAGAUCUCUGCAAUCAAAGACAUCAUCCCCAUCUUGGAGAAGACCACUCAGCUCCGAGCUCCAUUGCUGAUCAUUGCAGAGGAUGUUACUGGUGAGGCCUUAGCAACUCUUGUUGUGAACAAACUCCGUGGUGUCCUCAAUGUGGUAGCCGUCAAGGCUCCAGGAUUUGGAGAAAGAAGAAAAGCUAUGCUUCAGGAUAUCGCAAUCUUGACAGGAGCUGAGUACCAAGCCCUUGACAUGGGCUUGCUGGUCGAAAACACAACCAUUGAUCAGUUGGGUAUUGCUCGUAAGGUGACCAUAAGCAAAGAUUCAACUACACUUAUCGCAGAUGCUGCUUCCAAGGACGAACUACAAGCUCGUAUUUCCCAGUUGAAGAAAGAACUGUUUGAGACUGAUUCUGUGUACGACUCAGAGAAGCUCGCUGAGAGAAUAGCCAAACUCUCUGGUGGUGUUGCCGUCAUUAAAGUCGGAGCAGCAACUGAAACCGAGCUUGAGGACCGUAAGCUUCGUAUUGAAGACGCAAAGAACGCAACAUUUGCUGCUAUCGAAGAAGGAAUAGUUCCUGGUGGUGGUGCGACUUUGGUGCAUCUCUCCACUGUUAUCCCUGCCAUUAAGGAGAAGUUUGAGGACGCUGAUGAACGUUUGGGAGCUGACAUAGUACAAAAGGCUUUGGUGGCACCAGCUGCACUUAUUGCGCAGAACGCUGGAAUAGAAGGAGAAGUUGUGGUUGAGAAGAUUAUGUUCAGUGAAUGGGAGCAAGGGUACAAUGCCAUGACUGACACAUAUGAGAAUCUGUUGGAAGCUGGAGUGAUUGAUCCAGCUAAAGUGACAAGGUGUGCGCUCCAGAACGCUGCUUCGGUUGCAGGAAUGGUUCUGACCACUCAGGCCAUUGUUGUUGACAAACCUAAACCUAAGGCUCCUGCUGCUGCUGCACCUGAGGGCCUCAUGGUGUAA